UCUGUGAAGAAAAAAAGCAUCAGAUCAACAUCCACUAAAGCUGAGAGGAGGAUCUCGCAACAGAUCGAGGAUGACAGCGCUGAUCUCAGGUGCCAACUCCACUUUGCCAAAGAGGAAUUAGGUCUCAUGUGCAAGAAGCUCUCCAAACUGGUAUCAGAGAGCGAGGGCAUGCGCGAGGAGCUGGCCAAAUACCACUCGGCCUUCGGCGAUGUGGACGCCACUCAAUCACCUGAGGGCAAACACAACUCCGCCCACGCCAGGGAGGCAGAGGUCAAAGUUCACUUGAAGCUGGUGGAAGAGGAGGCCACUCUCCUGAGCCGGCGCAUCGUGGAACUGGAGGUGGAGAAUCGUGGGCUGAGAGCGGAAAUGAGCGACUUGAGAGAGAAAACUGGAGGAGGAGUGGUAGGAGGAGGAGGAGGAGGAGGUGAAGAGGAAGAAGAAGAGAAUCGGAAUGUUUUGGAGGAAAAAGUGUCGGCUUCUAUGCCGUCGCAGGACAGAGCGGGAAGGGAGCAAAGUUUGAAAAUGGGAUUCGAUGUUUACGAAGCAGAACAAGGUCUGGAAACGUCUCAGCUUUGCAACCAAACACAAAGUGAAGGGUUGAUCGCUGCUUGUCAUGUGACUCGAGAGGGUCCUGUCGGUGGAGAGUGGGACCCUUCAGACGGCCAGGAGCUGGACAACAACAAAAAAAUUGACAGAGGCCUGAAAGGAAUGACGGUGAAAGACUAUGAAGCUCUUCUCGCUCUCAGAGAUCAUUCCUGCAUUCUGAGUUCAGCCAUACAGCUCCUGACAGCACCACCCAAAAAUGGGUAUUGUUCGUCUCUGACGGACGAGGACUCAAAUGGUAAGGCCCAGAAGAUUUUCCUCCCAGGACCUUUGAAUGAGGCCGUGGAGCUUCUGCGGGACAUGCUGUUGUCUUUCACAAAGAGAAUGGAGACGCUUUUAACAGGAGAGGAUUCCAGUAAAUACUCUGUUUGCAAGGAUGGACAUGUUUGGGAUUCCUACACUUUGUCCUUUCUCUCUGGAGACUGUGCAGAUCAUGACGGGGCCGAUCAUAACACGAGAGAGUCACCAAGUAAGCAGGAUAGCGUUGAAGACCUCCGCACCUCGGAGGUGAAGGAGAGAGCAACAAGACAAGGAUGCUCAGCUCAGUGGGACCUCCUCCACAGCUGCAGGGACCCCAAAAUGCAGCUUUCAUUAGAGAUUCUGUGGAUCCUCCAUCAGUGGUGUCAAGUUAAAGGACCCGACUUGGAGGGAAAAGAGGGUAAAGAAAGAACCGUGUCUGUGCUGCGAGGGCUGUUGCAGGAGCUCAGUGCAGAGCUUCGGGAUGAGCGGAUUGAAUUCGACAGCGGAGCCAAGGCCACGCAGGGCCAGGCAGCCAAGAGGGCCGUCAGUGGUGUCUUUCAUGAUGAACGUCCCUGUGAAGACGACAGGAUCUGCAGCUCAAAAGAAAAAAGACUGAGGCGACAGUUUUCUCCACGAGGCCCUAAAACGAAGAACUGGUGCUAUCUGAGCCAGGAGGUCGCCCAGAUGGACAGAGAGGACCCCGUUAAGACGUGGGACCAUCCAAUCAUGCCGCUUAGCUUCCCUGAUCUUGAUUUUGAGCAGAUGUCCAUGGAUAAAAGCCACACUGCCCCAGAGAAGUCAGCGUUCCGCAUCUACUACAGCCCCCCGUCUGCUCGCAGAGUCCAGCUGGCUCAGAUGAAGCAAAGCCCCGUCGCAGACGGAGAGUCAGUCAACACUUCCUCUCCCUGGUGCACGCCGCCGACCUCCUUCUCUGCACUCUGUCUGGGCUCAUCUGCCAACCUGAGUGACGACGUGAAGGAGAUGGCGGCCAGCUGGAGGCAGUCAGCUCCCAGCGGUUCACAGGAGAAGAGAGGGAGAUUAGCGGGGAGGUGGGUGGAUGUGGCCUGCUCGGGCACUCAGACCUACAUGAAGCCAAAGAUGGUGAGUGUUGGUCUGCAGACCGAUGGCCCCCAGGGGCCGGCUGCCAUGAGAAGCAGCCCCUCUCGAGUCCUGAGCCCCUCCUUGGUCUCUGUACGCUCUCAUUACAUCUCCACCUCACUGGACGGAGUACCAGGUCGAGUUGAGAGGAACAGAGCCUCCACCUCUUCACCUAAACUCUACCGGAGACACUCUGGUGUAUCUUCUUCAACCCCCAGUCUGAGUUCCUCCUCCUCCUCCUCUGUAUCCACCUCGAGAGACCGAGCUCUGUGGAACCAGAACCAUCAAAGCGCCUCUGGCCUCUCUUGGACCAGACAAAGCAGUCUGAGACAAAGCACAGGACAACAGAGCCACAGCUCCCUGAGCAGCGCCAAGCCUCCCACCAAAUCUGCAGGCGCCAACCGUUACGGUCUGGUCACAGAGUUUCUGCGCAGGGUGAGCGGCCGGGCUGAGAAACCAGUGACGGUGUCAGGACCGAAGAUAAAGAACGGCCUGAAGAACCUGGAGCGCGUUCCGUCGAGGCCUCCGGCCGCCUCGCUGCACAGGGCCGACAGCGUGACGAGGAUCGUCAACCAGAGGUUCAUGAAGCAGAGAGAGGAGGCUGGAAAAGUGCAGAGGGAGGAGAAAGGCAGCAGCAUGAACCCCAGCGUCAGACGCAGCGUCACUGCAGAGGAUGGAAACUACGACUGCAGCUCCAGCAGCACCCUGACCUUCUGCUUCUCUCGUCCGUCUCGCUGCACCCAGAGACAAACGUCAAACCAGAGCAAGCUCCACCGACACAGACUCUCGCCGCCAGUGAGCGCGGCCGCAGGCUCCAACUGUGAGUGAAGAGUCGAGGAGAAACAGCAGCGGCUCCACUGACACUGACAGCUGAGAGGAGGAAUUUAACAUAUAAUAUUUUUAUGUAAACCUGCUUCACUGCAGGAGGCUUGAACUGGUUGAGGUGGUAGACUGUAAGUAGGAGAACUGUGGUGUAAAGUGAAACUUUUUCUUUUGGUGCAAUCAAAAGCACGUAUCUCCUUUUUACAGAUCAAUCAUUAUGACAUUACAUAAAGCACAAUCUUGCAAAUAUAAAAUAUUCAUUUAAAAUUUCAAGAUGACUUU